UUAUACUGUCCCCCUAUCUAGGCUCCAGACAGGUAUGCGGGGUGCCUUUGGGAAACCCCAGGGCACUGUGGCCAGGGUUCACAUUGGCCAGGUAAUCAUGUCCAUCCGCACCAAGCUGCAGAAUAAAGAACACGUAAUUGAGGCCUUACGCAGGGCCAAGUUCAAGUUCCCUGGUCGUCAGAAGAUCCACAUCUCCAAGAAGUGGGGCUUUACCAAGUUCAACGCGGAUGAGUUUGAAGACAUGGUAGCUGAGAAGCGCCUCAUCCCUGAUGGCUGUGGAGUCAAAUACAUCCCGAAUCGUGGUCCUCUGGAUAAGUGGCGAGCCCUGCACUCAUGAAGGCCUCCAUCCACUGAGCUAUAUCACCCCCACUUCGAUCACGUUCCCCAAUAAAACUUGCAUUAUGUCUAAAAAAAA